AUGCAAGUCGUUAGCGAUCUCUACUUGUACUAUACUCCGCUACUGGUCUGUCUUGGGUCUAUCGGGAACCUGGUCUCCGUGUUCGUCUUCUACAGCAGCAAGUUGAGGCUACAGUCGACGAGCCAGUAUCUCUCUGCCUUGGCCAUUUCCGAUACGAUUUUUCUUUUACAGUUGUUACCGCCGUGGUUGAGCGCCGCGCAGGUUACCAGCUUGUUCUACACAGGUGGUUUCUGCCAAGUUUUCGUUUAUGUAUCGUACGUCAGUUGUUGUUUGAGCGCUUGGUUAGUCGUAGCUUUCACGGUCGAGCGUUUUGUGGCGGUGGUUUAUCCACUUCGUAGGAAUGCUAUGUGCACGCUGGCGAGGGCCCGGCAUGUUAUUAUAAGUCUUACCAUAAGCGCGAUCGUUCUCAAUCUCCCCGUGCUACGCUUCGCACUCCCUACUCGCGAUGACUGUAACAUAGAUAGGGAGUAUUUAGAGCACGCGGCGAGAUUUAAUUUGGUGGAUACAGUGUUGUCAUUCACAAUCCCGUUGGGGAUGAUCAUAGUUUUGAAUACAUGGAUCAUGCUCGGCGUGUGUCGUUUAGAAAGAACCCGCAACCAACUUAUGAAGACGGAGCAACCUCAAUUGAACCAACGGGCGCGAUGCACUCGGUUGCAGGGGUGUCCUCGUUCUCAACAAAAAGUUACUAGAAUGCUGUUGAUCGUAUCGUCCGUGUUCGUCAUACUUAAUUUACCAGCGUACACUAUCCGUGUCUUGGCGUACGCCUACGAUGUGGUAAGUAGC